AUGCUCAAGUUCACCGUUCUCGCCUUGGCCUUCUCCGCCGGCUCUGCGUCUGCUAUAACUAUCAAGUUCGUCAAUCACUGCACCUACACCGUAUGGCCUGCUGUUGGCGCUGCGCCCAACGGAAAGCCCAACCCGGCUAUUGCCUACGGAGCAAAGCUCGCUCCUGGCGGCACCUCGAGCUACGGCGUCUCUGACACAGCCAUCGGUAUCCGCUCCUGGGGUCGUACCGGCUGCGACAGCAAUGGCGCGAACUGCGCUACUGGUCAUUGCAAUGGCGGCCUCAAGUGUACUGAUGGCGGCAUCACGUCGGGCGUGAUUCUCGGGGAGUACGGCUAUGGUAACUUCGGCUCGUGCUGCGGGGGUGAGCGCACGUCGUGGGAUCUGAGCAUCGUGUCUGCGUCGUUGAACAUACCAACCAAGCUUGCUUCUUCUGACGGUCAAAGCGUCCAGUGCACCAAGGCUCCUUGCGAUGCGUCUCAGGUGUACACUUACGCUACUGACUAUGCCGCGGAUCGCAACUCUGCUCUUGGUCAGACGUACACGCACACUUUCUGCCCUUGA